AAUACAAACUAGCCCUAGCUAACUAAAUGGAAGUAAAACCUCUUCAUAUCACCACCGCUGCCUACUACAAAAUAAGUUGCGCCAUCGAACCUUCAAUCCAGCAAACAACUAAUUUGUGAAUCAGUAGAAUCGCCCCCUCCUGCUGCCGCAAUCCUCAGCCCCUCUGCCUCUAGCCCGGCGGCAAUAGUAGAAUCGCCUCUCUACGGCUCUAUCUUUAGUAAUCGCUUCAGACUUGUGAACGCUGGAUUACGUUAAAGUGUAGGAGAGGACUUUGAUUUCACCGACACAAAAAUCGAAUACUUGGGAUUCAUAUUCAUAAAUCAAAUAUGGGGAAGAUGACUUAUAAGAGGUUAAAAGGAAGCCAAAAUCUCCGCCUCAGACUGCUAUUAGCGACCCUCUCUGCUACUCCUGUUCUCAUUGAGGAUAUUCGAGCUGACGAGACCAUACCAGGACUCCGUCCUCACGAAAUCUCUUUCCUCCGCCUCCUUGAGAGAAUCUCGGAUGACUGCCUUAUUGAAAUCAAUGAAACCGGCACAAAGUUUAAAUACAAACCUGGAAUCUUGAUGGGUGGGAAACAUAUUGUGCAUGAUUGUGGUGUUAGUCGAUCAAUUGGUUAUUUCCUAGAGCCGUUGGUAGUUCUUGGGUUGUUUGCAAAGAAAUCCCUUAUGAUAAGGCUCAAAGGAAUUACAAAUGAUUCAAAGGACCCAUCUGUUGAUACUUUUCGCUCUACUACCUUACCCAUGUUGAAGCAAUUUGGAGUUCCUUCAGAAGGAUUGGAACUGAAAAUCGAGAGUCGUGGAUCUCCCCCUCAUGGAGGUGGUGAAGUUGUUUUAUCAGUUCCUGUUGUUCAAAGUUUACAGGCAGUAACCUGGAUUGAUGAGGGAAUGGUUAAGAGGAUUAGAGGAGUCACUUACUCAACUAAAGUAUCUUCUCAGUUUGAAAAUACAAUGAUACAUGCUGCCCGUGGAAUCUUUAAUCGUUUGCUUCCUGAUGUUCAUAUAUUUACUGAUCAUAAAGCUGGUCCUCAAGCUGGAAAUUCUCCUGGUUAUGGGAUUUCCUUGGUCGCUGAAACUACUUCAGGCUGCUUCAUCUCUGCUGAUACAGCAAUUUCAUAUGUGCGCGGGGAUGAUAUAGGUGAAAUGGAAGAUGAAAGGAAAGAGUUGAUGCCGCCAGAGAAUGUAGGCGAGCAAAUUGCUUCUAUUCUUCUUGAAGAAAUUGAGCAAGGUGGAGUUGUAGAUUCAACGCACCAGGGUCUAUUAUUUAUUCUGUGCGCAAUAUGUCCACAAGAUGUGUCAAAGAUUCGUGUGGGGAAGCUCUCACCUUAUGGAAUAGAAACACUGAGACAUAUUAAAGAAUUUCUGGGGGUUAAGUUUGUUAUUAAGCCAGAUCCAUCAACAGGGACAGUUAUACUAAAAUGUGUUGGGUGUGGAUUGAAGAACCUUUCUAGAAAGAUUUCAUAAUGAUGAUCAUUGACUAAAGUCCGAGGAUGAGCUUUUUGCAGACUAAUUUGGAGGAGAAUCCUUGUAGCUUCAUGCAAAUCUAUUGCCAUGAAAUUUUGUUUUCUCAGCUUUUUGUUUUUUACCUUAUUAAAUUCUCAUUUUCUUCUUUUCUUUAUUCUCGUCUUUAUUGAGCGAGUUAAAUUUAUAGUUGGCUAGUUAUUGGAGGUA